GAGCUAGUCGGCCGAUGACGUACAGUCAAGAGGUAUGUUUACAGCGCGCAAGGAAUUUUGAUACAAUUUGCGAGGUUGUCUACGAUUGCCAUAAUGCGCAACCUUGGCGCGCUCGUUCAAAAGCGUUGGCCUCAUCUAUCUGCUGCAGUCCUCCUUAACCCCGAAUUCACAACUCGAACCUAUACGACGUGCCCACAAUCGGGCAGCAAACAGUCCUUAGCACAGUCCCUGCGCGCCUCCACCGCCCUGUCACGCGAACUAUCGUACCUCCUCCGGCACGGCGCAGAGCGUGAGGGGCUGCCUAUCCGUGUCGACGGAUACGUGAGCGUGGACUCCCUGCUCAAACACAGGGCCUUCCGGGGCACGACUCUACAGGAACUGAUGCACAUCGUCGAAACGGACGGAAAGGCGCGCUACUCGCUGGUGCUGGAAGACGGGCUGUGGUGGGUGCGCGCGAACCAGGGCCACUCGAUGCCAGUUGAGUCCCCGCGCGUAGCGGAUCGUGUGGGUGUGGUGCUGGAUCUGAAGCGGAUAACGUCGGCGGCGGAGGUGCCGAUGGCCGUGCAUGGGACGACACUGGCUGCAUGGCGGCAAAUAUCUUCGGAAGGCAUCUCGCGCAUGACUCGCCAGCACAUCCACCUCGCGCAAGGCCUGACGGGGACUGUCAUCAGUGGGAUGCGAAGCUCAUCUGAGAUCGUCAUCUUCAUCGACGUGGAGCGCGCCCUCGACGCUGGUAUCGCGUUCUUUGUGUCCAGCAACGGUGUUUUGCUUUCUCCGGGAAACGAAGCGGGAUAUAUCGCUCCUCGUCUUUUCUCGGAUGUGCGUCGGGCCAAGAGCAAUGGGGCAGUCCCUAGAUGGCCGCGUCCAUGAUUCAAUUAUCCUAGUAGGCAAAUGAAGAACAAAUGUGCAUAAAUUUGUAAAUAAAAGGAGAGGGCAAAAACUAUGAGUUUGUGACCAACUCGCUCCCCAGCGCGAACAGACAACAGAUCCUGAUCUGCGAAGACUAACUCGGCGAGUACCGCGGGCUGCGCAAUUGCUUGCCUGACCCGAGAGGUACAGAUUAUUCCGAAUCCGUGCCACGGCUUCCGCAGUGGAGAAUUGCGAACACCAAGUUUUCUGCAGGGGAUCUGUCUUGAACCAGCGCACUCAAGGAGUUUACCGAUGAUGGAACCAGUCACAUUCCCGACUGAGGGCCAUUACAACCACUACGCCAUUGUGCCAU